CGGGCUGCUCUUCUUCCUCCUCCUCCUCCUCCUUCUCCUCCUCCUCCUUCUCCGCGGCGGCGGGCAGAUGCGGCGGAUCGCGGGGCGGCUCUGGCCCGCAGCGGGCUCCCGUCCCCCCGCCGCCCCCAUGGACGGCAGCGGGGGCAGCAGCCGCGCGUAGCUCGGAAGGCAUGCCCCAAACGCUGAGUUCUACCAGUAUGUUUACCCCAUGUGGCUUCAGCCCUCAUCUACAUACUUCGAAAGAAGGUGAACAAGGAGGACUGAUCUUCCAGGAUGGAAACCUUACCUCAGCAUCUCUGGAUGCUCUAAUCCAGCAUCUGAUACCUACCACUGAUUACUACCCUGAAAAAGCCUAUAUCUUUACAUUCCUGCUGAGUUCCAGACUCUUCAUCGAACCCCAUGAGCUUUUGUCCCGAGUUUGUCACAAGUGCAUUGAGCAGCAGCGGCUGGACGACCCUGUGCUGGACAAGGCUCGAAUCAGAAAAUUUGGACCCAAAAUCUUACAGCUGCUGACGGAGUGGACAGAGACAUUCCCGUAUGACUUUCAGGAAGAGCGGAUGAUUGGCCAUCUGAAAGACAUGAUUCACAGGAUAGCCCCGUGUGAUGAGGCCUACUGGAAAAAGAUGAAUCAGCUUUUGCAAACCCUGAAUCAGAAGCUUGCCACCCUCAGCCAUGGGCAAGAAGGGAUUGUCAAGAUCAGUGCUGCUGUCUCUGACAAGCUCGUUGCCUUUAAAACUAAACCCCCAUCAAUUCAGAGAGAAAUCCUGAGUGUCUGCAGUGACCCCUACACUCUGGCUCAGCAGCUGACACAUGUGGAGCUGGAAAGGUUAAGUCACAUUGGACCCGAGGAGUUUGUGCAGGCAUUUGUACAUAAAGACCCUCUGGAUGGCACCAAGACUUGUUUCAGUGAACAGAAGAAGACGAGUAACCUUGAGGCCUAUGUGAAAUGGUUCAACAGACUCUGCUAUCUCGUAGCAACAGAAAUUUGCAUGCCUGCAAAAAAGAAACAGCGAGCACAAGUCAUUGAAUUCUUCAUUGAUGUUGCCCGAGAGUGCUUUAACAUAGGGAAUUUUAAUUCACUGAUGGCAAUCAUUUCUGGAAUGAACAUGAGCCCAGUUUCCAGGCUAAAGAAGACUUGGUCAAAAGUGAAAACAGCCAAAUUUUUCAUUCUCGAGCACCAGAUGGACCCCACUGGUAACUUCUACAACUACCGAACAGCGCUGCGGGGGGCUGCCCACAGGUCCCUGACGGCACACAGCAACAGGGAGAAGAUUGUGAUCCCCUUCUUCAGCCUAUUGAUCAAAGACAUUUAUUUUUUGAAUGAAGGAUGUGCUAAUCGCCUUCCAAAUGGACACGUCAACUUUGAAAAAUUUCUGGAACUGGCUAAGCAAGUAGGAGAAUUUAUAACAUGGAAGCAAGUGGAAUGUCCUUUUGAGCAAGACCCUAACAUCAUCCACUACUUGCAUACUGCUCCCAUUUUUACUGAAGAUGGUUUGUAUCUGGCUUCCUAUGAAAGUGAAAGUCCGGAAAACCAGACAGAAAAAGACAGGUGGAAAUCCUUAAGAUCCACUAUUUUAGGAAAGACUUGAAGAUUAAGAGAUUAUUGCAGUAGGUCAAGGAAAAGAAAUCCGCAAACAUUUUGCACUACUGAUUCCAAAGAUGCCUGUUUGGGAUUUAGACAAUUUCUUUUGUUUGAGUUUUUCGUUGGGUUUUUUUUGACUGCCUAACACGAUGGAUGAACUGGAUUCAUCCACUGAAAUCAACGGGACUGUGUGCACAAUGAUGCUUUUCUAGCUAUGAGACACGGAGAGGAAGGACAAACAGACUAUUUGUGGCUGUGCCCAAACUGCGUCAGGAUCACUGUAAUUUUGCCUCUGAGGGAAAACGCAGGAAAACCAGGAGCACGGAGCAUCAUGGAACUGCAGCAGAGAAUGGAAAAGUGUAAAAAAGGAAAGCAAAAAUACACACGAGUAUUUCAGAAGCAGGUGCUUCAGGCAGCGGCUCUUUAAACCCUCUGAGGCUUGUAAAAUUAAAUCAAAAGACAGACACAGCAGCAAUCUGGUUAAUUGCUGAACGAAGAAAGAAGAACUUCACCUUGCAAUUGCAGUCCCCCAGCCUUGUUGAACAAAGCACUGACUGCUGCAGGGAUGAAGGCUGACAUCACUCCUAUGGAUACAUGUAUGUCACAAAUAGGCCACGUCAGCAGGGGACAGUCCCGCAGACCCCACGGAGUUUUGCAGAGAACAAUCUCAAGUGUGACUGUUGCUCAGUUAUUCUUCCCAUGGCUGUUGUUGCUUUUCUUACUGUGAAUCUUGGCUGGUCUGAGGAGGGCACAGAGUGCAGAUGGUGCUGCUUAAAGACACCCCCCCACCACUUCUGAAGUCGAAUGAAGAAGAAAAUGACUCUGGACUCAACUUACCUCUAUUUAAUGUACAUAGUGUAUUCCCUAAAUUCACUGAUGCCGAGUUGCAUCUUUUAGAGGGUUUUAUCACACUCAAAAAAAAAAACCCAACCAAACCUUCAUUACCAUUUCUAUCAGGUUCCAAUUAACACAGUACUGUUUCUUUUCCAACAGGAUGCCAGGAGGAUGGGAGGUGGGGGUAAUUGCUUUGAAUUUGGGAACACUUUAAAAGGAGAAAGGGUUUCAGACUAGAAUGAAUGCACUAUUCAUGAGCAGAUAACCAUUUUUGUCUUUUUUACUUUUAGGAUCUAAACCACAUUCACCAUUACCUUAUAGAUAAUAUGAAAUAGCGACUAUGUCUGGUCUUUAAAGUUGUACAAUAAUCAAGGUGCUACUGUAACAGAUAUAUUAAAUUAUAAUGUACUAUAUUAGAUUGAAAACUAAGCCCUAACAAUAGACUAAUUGUUUGUGUGUGGAAGGAAUGUUUCUAGCUGCCCCAGAAAAGACCUCAAAAAGCUUAAAUGAAAGCUAAAUGGCACAGGAUAUUGAACUUUUCAUUUUUAUUACUGACUUGAUGCUGGCCUUUUCAGAUGUUCCAGUCUUUCUCUGCCUACAACAAAAGGUUGUAACCCUUUGUUUGAGAUCAGUAAUAGUUUUAUUUCGGUACAGAGUGAUUCCAAGUGGCUGUAGUGUUUUGAAAAAUUAGGCUAAUCACAAAACCUGGCUGUGUUGGCCUAUGCAUUUAGCCAGGAAACUGGAACUGUUCCUGCCCUCUGCCAGGCCUCCAAGUUAUCCACGCCUGAGUGAGCUGUUGACCUGUGAACAUUGGUGAGCUGGUGUUUGAGGGCAGCAGGCUGAGACACGCUCUGUGUGAUACACUGCAGGUCUGUUGUGCCUGCAGUGCAGUUCUGAUGUUGGGUUGUGACCUGUGGAAACCUGGCCAGUCUGGAUCAUGGCCAUGUGGAAUGUUCUGCUCCUGCCCUGGCUCAGCUGAGCAGGUGCUUCUAGAUUUGCUUACACAGGGGCUCGAAGCAGAACUUUGAGUCUCCCUUUCCUACAGGUCCAUCAGUGCAUGAAUUCAAGCAGGGGGGAUGUAAAACUUUGAUGUGUUUAUUCAAGCUUUGUAUGGAAGAACUAAGUGUAAGGAUGGUACAACAUCAUUUCAGCCAGGGAAUGAUGACUAUUCUGCUGAUACUGUCAAUAUGCUGUUUGUCAAUUUUUGUACAUGAGCUGAGAGCAAUACAGAGGAACAUACACACAUAGCCUUUCCUUCAGGCAGAACCAUUUCCAAAAUGAAGCCAUUAAAAGCCUGUUAAAUUCCAGACAAAUCCAGAGCAAUAACCAUAAACAUAUUUACAAGAAUGCUAAUGCUUAAAUGUGUUUGCUAAAUUGUCAUUUUUUCUUGCUAUCUGCAUCUUUUUAACAGGCACAGUGUGACUUCAUAGUGGAAAUGUAGGAUUUUUAUUGAUCUGAGAUGCAAUGUAGGUGGAUGGGCCUUUUCUUAAAACCUGCUUCUUAAAAUUGAAAUCCUCACUCCUUUUCUAAUGAGCCAGUAGAGUCUGGUACAGCUGAGAUUAUAAAACCCUGAAGAUAAUUAAAAUGUGAUUUCUCAUCAUAAUACUUUAUAUUUUGGGGAACCUUCCAGGAAUUCAGUCGAUUUUGUAAGUACAAGUUACAUUAGAUGUCCUCAAGUUUAUCACUAAACCACUUUCAUAGUCCAAAACUUUCGAACCUCGGUGCUUAAAAUGGAAGCAUAAAGGUCAGAUUUGGGUGGGUAUUAAGGGCUUAGUGGGACUGUCAAAAGCACUAAAUAUCCUUAAGCCUUUAUGUAGUCACACAUUUAAAAGGUCUUCUUCAGAGGUGCUAAACAUCCUCAUCUCUUGGGGAGUACUCAGACUUGCUUUAUAGAGGUGCAUGGCAGAUUAAU